ACCAAUUGAAUCCAACUCAUAAAUGAAUUGCUCUUAUUAUAUAUAUAUAAAAAAAAAUUAAUGUGUACUUUGGUGUUUGCAUUCAUGCACCAAUCCAACACAACCUAAUUAAAUAUCUUCCCUGUCUUACCCCUUGAUUUUCCAACUAUUUACAGCCUCUACCCUUCAUAAUAUAUAUGUAAUUUUCAUUAUAUAUCAAACAGACACUCCCAUCUCUUACAAAACAUUCAACACUACAGUAGUUGUAGUAGCAGACACAGAUCGAGAGAGAUGGACGGUGGCGAUCACACCACAAAUGACGUAUACAAAGAAUGCCUCAGAAACCAUGCAGCCAGCUUAGGAAGCUACGCUACAGAUGGAUGUGGAGAAUUCACCCUAGACCACACCUCUCCUUCCACCCUCCAAUGCGCCGCUUGCGGCUGCCACCGCAAUUUCCACAGGAAAGUAACGUAUAGCAGCAGCAGCAGCCGGCCUGAUCAGUCGACUGUGAUGGAAAUGAUGGAAUAUGUGGAUGUGGGUAGUAGGUUGCCGGGAGAAAGAAGCAGUGGAAAGACGAAGAGAUUCAGGACAAAGUUUACGGCGGAGCAGAAGGAGAAGAUGUUGGGAUUUGCAGAGAAGUUAGGAUGGAAGUUGCAGAGGAAAGAUGAAGAAGAUGAAGUAGAGAGAUUCUGUAGAGGAGUUGGAAUUAGUAGACAAGUUUUUAAAGUUUGGAUGCAUAAUCAUAAGAAUUCUUCUUCUUCUUCUUCUACUACUGGGAAUGCUUCUUCCCUUACUACUCAGUAAGAGAUUGGAUUCCUUUGCUUCUUUUUCUUUCU